AUGACAGUGUCCUCUGCAAAGAACGUGAAGGGCUCAACUGAAGUGGCUAUAAGCGAUCUGUUAGAGCACAUGACCUUCAACAUAAUUGUGAGGAUGAUUGCUGGGAAGAGAUUUGGAGGGGACACUUCCAACGAAGAAGAUAAUGAAGCAUGGAAGCUGAGAAAGGCCAUUAAAGAUGCCACAUAUCUGUCUGGUGUUUUUGUUGUGGCUGAUGCAAUUCCAUCACUCAGUUGGUUUGAUUUCCAAGGACAUUUAAGUUUCAUGAAAAGAACAGCUAUGAAACUAGACAGUAUCCUUGAGAGAUGGCUUCAAGAACAUGUGAAAAUGAGAGGAGAGAAGAAGAAUGGUGGAUGUGAAAAGGACUUCAUGGAUGUGAUGUUAUCAUCUUUUCAAGAAGAAAAUAUUUGUGGCUAUAAACGGGACAUAGUUAUCAAAGCAACAUCACUGAUCCUUGUCCUUACUGGCUCUGAAAGCACAGCGAUAACCCUAACAUGGGCACUGUCCUUGCUCGUAAACCAUCCAAAGAUUCUAAAGGCAGCCUUACAAGAGUUGGACACCCAC